UUCUACUGGCAUUGGCACAGGCAAAUGGUUGGGGACUGAGCAUGAAAGGAGAAAGCAAGCAAGCAAGAGAGUUUAAGAGGAAAAAGGGAAAGGAAAAAAACAGGGGGGAAACAACAACAACCAAAUCCCCCAUACCCCAGCAGUUGGGUUUUGCCAGCAGCCGAUCACAGCUGAUUCCAGAGCGGAGUCUGUCCCUUUUCCCCUAGACCUGCGAUCACCCCUGUUCUCAGGCGGAGGGAACCACAUCUAAGUUGCAUCUUUGCGUCUUUGCCAACGCUGAACGAGCUUCUUUUCCCUCCUCUCAGCUCCCCCUCCUGAUCAGUUGCUGUUGUUCCCUCCCUUGUUUUUAUUUUUUUCUCUCAUUGUGUAUUAUUAUUACUGUUAUUGUUAUCAUCAUCAUCAUCAUCAUCACCACCACUACUAUCAUCACAUUUCGUAUUUAUUCUUUUGUUCUUUGGUAUUUUUGAUCCUAUUUUCUCUCUGUUGAGCCGGCGGGGGUGAGGUUGAAUUAUUUCUGUUCUUUGCUGAUGUUUCCAUUCUUAACUUGAUUUUUUUCAAUUUUUAAUGCUUUUUUGCUCUCCUACUCUUUUUAUUGAAUAAGACUUGAACAAUCUGGUUAAGGGUUUGCAGUGAAGAAGGGAGCCAACAAUUGCUUUCCAUCUAAUUUAGGAAACAUCCUUCUCUCUUCUGUGCACUGUGCACUUCCUUCUUACAUUUUUUACUUUUCUCCUUGUUCUCACCUCCUCCCGCUUCCACCUCACAGUCCCAGUAUCCCCCCCCCCCACUCCAUACUCUGCAAUUCUGAGCCCACAAUUUCUGAAUCGGGGGCUUAGCUUCGCCGGGAUGAGCCAGAGCAAUGGAUGAAUUCCACCCUUUCAUUGAAGCUCUCCUUCCUCAUGUCCGUGCCUUUUCCUACACAUGGUUCAACCUGCAAGCUCGGAAACGAAAGUACUUUAAGAAGCAUGAGAAGCGGAUGUCCAAGGAUGAGGAGCGCGCUGUGAAGGAUGAAUUAUUGGGUGAAAAGCCUGAGAUCAAGCAGAAAUGGGCGUCCCGGCUGCUAGCCAAGCUACGCAAGGACAUCCGCCCAGAAUUUCGUGAGGACUUUGUCUUGACCAUUACGGGCAAGAAGGCACCGUGUUGCGUCCUCUCCAACCCAGAUCAGAAGGGCAAAAUCCGCAGGAUUGACUGCCUGAGGCAAGCUGACAAGGUUUGGAGGCUGGACCUAGUUAUGGUCAUCUUGUUCAAAGGGAUCCCUCUUGAAAGUACUGACGGGGAGCGGCUGUACAAGUCGCCGCAGUGCUCAAACCCGGGCCUUUGUGUCCAGCCACAUCACAUUGGAGUCACAAUUAAAGAACUGGAUCUUUACUUGGCGUAUUUUGUUCACACUCCUGAAUCCGGACAAUCAGACAAUUCAAACCAGCAAGGAGAUGCGGACAUCAAACCACUGCCCAAUGGGCAUUUGACUUUCCAGGACUGUUUUGUGACAUCAGGCGUCUGGAAUGUUACAGAGCUGGUGAGAGUGUCACAGACUCCUGUUGCCACAGCGUCUGGUCCAAAUUUCUCUCUGGCUGACCUGGAGAGUCCCAGUUACUACAACAUCAAUCAAGUGGCUCUUGGUAGAAGGUCAAUAACAUCUCCGCCUUCUAGCAGCUCUACCAAGAGGCCCAAGUCGAUAGAUGACAGUGAGAUGGAGAGCCCGGUAGAUGAUGUGUUCUACCCUGGGACAGGGAGGUCCCCAGCAGCUGGCAGCAGCCAGUCCAGUGGCUGGCCCAAUGAUGUGGAUGCAGGACCGGCUUCUUUAAAGAAGUCAGGGAAGCUGGAUUUCUGCAGUGCCCUGUCCUCCCACACCACCUCCCCGAGAAUGGCUUUCACCCACCACCCGCUGCCUGUCCUAGCAGGAGUCAGACCAGGAAGCCCCCGUGCCACAGCGUCGGCCCUGCACUUCCCGUCAACCUCCAUCAUCCAACAGUCCAGCCCCUACUUCACACACCCGACCAUCCGCUACCACCACCACCACGGCCAGGACUCGCUGAAGGAAUUUGUGCAGUUUGUAUGCUCGGAUGGCUCAGGCCAGGGCUCCGGGCAGCCUAACGGUAGCGGCCAGGGCAAAGUCACGGGGUCAUUUUUGCUGCCGCCGCCACCACCUGUGGCCAGACCAGUGCCCCUUCCAAUGCCUGAUACAAAAUCCACCAGCACUAACCCAGAGGGCGGAGCACCGACACCAACGUCACCCUCAUUCUCAGCGCCAGGCUCCUCCUCCUCUGCCAACCGGUUUGUCGGCAUCGGACCCCGGGACGGCAACUUUCUAAACAUCCCCCAGCAAUCUCAGUCUUGGUUCCUCUGACGGGAUCUUCAAGUGAAGAAAAAUAAUAAUAAUAAAGAUGGUGGUGAUAGUGAUGAUAAUAAUAAUAAUUUUUCACUCAAGCCCUGCGAAUCAGAAUCUUCAGUCCUUAACCCAUAUCUUCACUGAGCUGCUCCUCUUCAAGGAAAUGUAAGAGACGUUGGGUAACACUACAGAUGAGAAGCUUAAAAAAAUCACAUUGGACCUCCCCGAUCCAAAGCAGGUUUUGCAUUUGCAUAGAAGAGUCUUGUCUUCUGCAAGGAAUCCCAUCAACGCCGACAGACGUCACGUAACCCUCUGUUAUAAUAGCUCUCGACCAUUCAAGCAAUGGUUUUUAAAACAACAACAAAAGGGAUUUCUCUUUAUUUCAUCAUGGGGAAGGAAAAGUAUUCACACCAACCAGCCUCAAGCCCCCAAACUGCACCAGGGUUUGCUAGGGAUUAUGUUUGUUGGGAAUGAAAAAGGACGAUGUUCUCUAGAAUCUCACUUGCCUGGCCUGAUUCCAAGGAGGUUUCUUAGCAUGCAAAGAGUAAAUAGAAGCAUUUGCCUAGUUGGGGCUAGAGGACAAUUGUGCUUCUAGUUGCUUUUUAAAGCUCCUGCAAAAUAGGAUGAGGGUUACAGCAAGCAGAUCAAAUUUCUCCUAAAUUCCAUCCAUGCGUUCAAAUGAUUUCAGAAAACCAAUCCAGCAUAUUGCACUGGUCCGGAAUUGGAAAUGGUUUUGAUUAGAACACUAAGAGAACUGUAAUAUUUGGUUGGCCUUCGUAGCACAAACGUCUCCCACCAAACAUAAGUUCCUUUAUGCAGUAAAUUCCUCAUUAACUGGAUUAACGCUGUGUCUCCAUUAGUUCAAAAAGCAAAUGCAGAAACGUUCCUGACUACCAGAUGCCCAGACAGCAUUCCAUUCCAGAACAAGGGAAGGGCCUUUCCUGUUGCAUUCUCUCCCAGUCCCCCACCCAAUCCCUCCUUCUCUCUCCCCGCUCCCCAUCCCUUGCCCUCUUUGUCUCAUGAGGCAACUGGUGCCUCAUCCUCCCCAUCUUGGUUCCUAGAACUUCCUGGUAUUCCUUGCUCUGGGUGAGCCUUUCCUGUGUAUUUCAGACACAAAAAAAGUAUUUUUGCACAUUAUGUGGAAAUCACUUCCAGCCUUGUUCCUUCACCCCAUUAAACUAAAGAGGCAGACAUUUAUGAAGUCAAGCCUCAAUGGACUGGAAAGCAUGAUUGAUUAUUUCUCUUGCCAUAAUUUCUGAGACCCACUGGAGAUUGGUGUAAUGACUAAUUUUGUUUUGUUUUCUUGUUGUUUUUUAAAAAAGAUCAAUGAAUACAUUGGCCUGAAAGCAAAGAGGCCGUACUGAUGCACUGAUACCCCAGGCAGACCGCUGGGGCCGGGGUAGCUGGCACAGUCAGGCACGUUUCUGCAGAGUUCCCUAUUUGGGCUGGGCUGGGCAGGCUGCAUUUCUUUCCCCUGGGUACCAGCCUUUUCCUUUUUGAGGUUUUUGGUGUCUGUUGUUAUUAUGGUUUGAUGCUCUUCCUGAUCCCUUUUCUCCACUUUGUUCUUUUCCUCCUUUAAUUGUAGCAUUUCCUUUGGCUUCCUCUGCAUACAGGUAAUGACAGCAAAGAAAUUAAGUACAAGGGAGUUUUAGUGGUUGUUUUUGUUUAAGACAAGCAAAAAAGCAAAGCUCCCAAAGCUUACUGCACAUGAACACUCUCAACAAACUUCAGCGCAACAAAAUGAAUGGUAUAGAGUUAAAAAUAGUGGAGGCUUUCUGGAAGUGAGGGUUUGAUAUUAUUGUCUGUACACUGCAUGCUGACAUGCAUGUGCACAGACAUGCACACACAUGCACCAGAGUCAAUCAUACAGCUCCACGCACUUUCCUCUUUUCCCUUUCUCAGACUUACAAGAACAACAAAAGUGAGGAGAACAAGUGUCCCUCUCUAUCUUGCGUCCAUGAUAAGAUCAUCUUUAUUUCUUUUUCCAAAGGUCUGUGAAAGAGACCCCUCUCUUUCUCCUUGCCCCACACUGAGCUUUGGGGACAGGAGCUUUGCCAAAUUCCUUGGGAUUCACCUCCCACCCUCCAUCCCAUUUUUCCUGUUUAAAGGUGUCCGCCUUUGCACAAGGGAGGUUGCUAGUUGUUAUGGCGCAACUCCACAUCGUAUAUUUAGUACAGUAUAGGUGAGAUUCUGUACCAGGAUGGAGGGGGUGGGCGUUAGGGGUUGGGGUUAGGGAUUGUCUGAUUUGGAAUGGGCCAGGUGGAUGCUGCAGGGAACGGGUUACCGUGCAAUCUGUCCAGAGCAAUUGCAUUUGGGUUCCUGGCUUGCGAUGCCUGGAGUUGCCUCCCAAAUGACUGUGAGGGAAAAUCAAUUGAUCUAGAGAACCUCCAGAAAACCUUCUGCUAUCUAUCACAGUGACCCCCAGCUUACACAUGAGACAUCUUCUAGAACUUCUGGAGCAAACAAUCCAGAAGCUGCAGAUGAAAACCAGGUAUCUGCACCCUUGUCUUAGUGCAAUGAUUCUACAUGGAGAAACAGGGUCAAGGGAGGGAGGUCCAAGGCCUGCAGAUCUCCCUGCCUACUUUGCCCAUUGUAGGUCCCAUGCUUAUCCUUCUGUUCCUGCCUUCCAGAUGUCUGAGAAACAACCUGGAUCUCAUGCACACACAUGUAUGCACACAUAUACACAUAAAACCUGUGGCUUUAGAGUCGACGCACUUAUCAGAGGCUUACUCAUGGAGGAGUCACAAAACCUAACCCUGCACAGCUGCAGGACAGCUGUUGUGUGAAGGAGAGGGUUCACUUGGGAGAUAUGAUCAGGGUGUGAGAAGCCUAUAUAAAAUGCUAGGGUAGAUGUUUUGUUCAGCCGCCUUAAUUGGCGGCUGUAAAGCAGAGCCACCUGCCUGGUGCUUCCAUUGUUGGCAUGUGCCAACUCUACUGCUGCCUAUUAAGAGUGGAAAUCUGAUUUAAUGGUUUCCACAACUGGUGCUCUGCUGCUUUCAUCCCACCAAAAGCCCUCUCUAAGUAUCUCAGCCCACUCAGAAGCAUAAGACAACCUGCCAGAGACAAGGCAGCUCAGGUAGUAGAAAGACAAUCCUUCUCCAACAUAAUAAUUAUACUGAGAUAGUCAUUUCACUUCCCGUGAUCUACACAUACUUUUCAUGUCUCCUCUGAUUGACCAGAUUUCUACACAUACCUUUCAUGUCUCCUCUGAUUGGCCAGUCUUCUUUUCAAAUCCAUACUAUGGUGAGAAAUUCUUCUUUGAGAAAUACUGCUGCCUAUUUCUGAAGACUGAGCAUCAAGUUCAGAUCUGUUCAGAAAGUUCAGAAAGUUAAAACAGCAGCUAGAAUUGAAGGGCUGUCUCUUUCCCUGUUGCAGUGGUUCUCAACCUGUGGGUCUCCAGGUGUUUUGGCCUACAACUCCCAGAAAUCACAGCCAGUUUACCAGCUGCUAGGAUUUCUGGGAGUUGAAAGCAGGGGCGGCUCAACCCAUUACGCAAAGUAAGCAUUCGCAGUAUAGUUGAUUUUGCCCAGGGGCGGUCUUGAGGCGCUCUUGGGGGAAAAUAGACCUUGACAUAUGCGAGUUGCAGUUACUGGGAUGUAUAGUUCACCUACAAUCAAAGAGCAUUCUGAACUCCACCAAUGAUGGAAUUGAAACAAAUAUGGCACACAGAACUCCCACGACGAACAGAAAAUAUAUAUCAGUGAUUGGUUUGGGGGGGGGGGGCAAAUACUGUUUGCUUACUGUUGAAAAUUACCUAGGGUUGAAAAGCCAAAAUAUCUGGGGACCCCCAGGUUGAGAACCACUGCCCUAUUGUGAAUAGUUGGAAGGUGGCUUAUUUUCAAACCUGAGAUAAGUAUCUGCUUCUUCAAGAGCACCAAACUAUGGAAAAGCUCUGUCUGGAAAUUCAUACUCUUCCUACCUUGGUGAUCUUUAAAAAACAGACAUCUCCCAUAACCUCUCAGCUGGUUCUUCAGCUUUUCCUUUUCUGUAAAGGAGCAAUCACCCGUAAUUGGUUUGGCAACAUGGGGCAGAGUCAACCUUGAGGUAUGCUCAAACUGAGCAUCAUUUCAGUAUUACCCAGAACAAAAAGGCACAUGCAGCAGCAUUUAUUUGUAUGGUUUUCAUUUUACUUUCUUUCUUCAUACAAGCUUUGGGUUCUUUCUCAGAUUGAGAAAGAUGCUCUUCCUUGCUGACAUCAACUGCCUACAUUAUUUUAAGAAAUGCAUUCAAGUCUCUGUGACUGUCAGGAGUAAACUAUUCCUGAGUGUAUUUUUACAGUCGUAAUGAGGAGAAAUUUUACCACAGUCAACGGUAUUUAGUUAUUACAUUAUUACAUUAUU